ACACACACACACAUUGCCGUCAGCUCAUCAUCAUCUUCAAUGGAUGGAGAGUUAGUUGUUGAUAUAAACACACCGUGAUUCAAACGAAAGAAUCGCACGAAUAAAAAUUGAGAAUCGAGCAAUGAAAAUUAUGGUUAUUUGUUGGUUGUUGUCGUCGUCGUCGUUUUGUAUAAUCAUCUGGGUUUUUUUUCUUUUAUUCAUUUCCUUUUUCGACAAUCAAUGUUUCACUUAUUCUAGGUGUGUGUCUGUUUUCGUCUCUCUGUGUGUGUGUGUGUCAAUAUCGAAACGUGUUACAACAUAAGGUUAACGAUUGAUUGAAAACAACAACAAAACAACGAAAAAAAUUGAUCAUCAUUAUCAUAAUUAAUACAAAACAACCAGCAGUUUUUUAAAACAUUCAUCCGAAACACACACACACAAACACAGAAAGACAGACAGACACAUUCACACACACGCACACACUGCUAUAAAGCAAAGAAUCGAAAGAAUCUUGUGAAUCAUCAUGUGAAACGUACAACCGAACAAAUGAUAAUCUCAACACAAUAGAGAGAUUGUUCAUUUCAUUGUUUAUGUGAAAAAUUCUGUGGAAACUUCCGGAAUUUUUUUUUUCGUUAAUCCGAUUUAAAUCAAUUAUAUAUAGCACACAUAAUUGACGACGAAGAAAAAUAAGAAGAAGAAAAAAUGGCGGCAUUUAUUGCUAAACAAAUGAUGGGCAAUCAGCUUUCAGCUGUAAAAGAGAUUAGCGUUGGUGACAAUCUUAGUGCUGAAGAAAAAGAAAGACUAGCACAAUUAGAACAGGAAAGACUUGAAGCAUUAAAAGAACAAGAAGAUAGACGAAAAGAAAAACAUAGAAAAAUGGAAGAAGAAAGAGAAAAAAUACGCAAAGGUAUUCGUGAUAAGUAUCAAAUCAAAAAGAAAGAAAAUCAACCAAGCAUGGAUAAAGGUGAUGAUCAACUGAUGAAUCGACAAUCAAUCGAUGGUGGUAAUAAUAUGAUGACCGAUGGUGGUGGUGGUGCUAGUGGCCAAAAUGAUGAUGAUGAUGAAUUUACUAAAUUAAGAAACACAAUUGAACAACGUAUCAAUGAUAUAAGAACAACAAUUGAAUCACGAUGUUUGAUUAUAUGAACAACAACAACAAACAAACAAACAACGACAACGACAACAUUUUUGAAAGAAAGGGUGCUACUACUGCUCAUCAACCAAAUUUUUUUUUUUGCAAAAUUGCCAUUCGAUUUCAAAAUGAAUCAAUCAAGAAUUUUUUCCCCACACAU